UGCACCACUUGACUCGGACCCGUUGUUCGUUUUCGGGCAAGCCGUUCGCAACUAUGGUGGUUCUCAUGCUGUCGAAGCUUCCAGUGGGGAAGCUGAUGCUUCUAGGGGUGCGGCAGGCGGCCCGGCCGGUGGCCAAGGUGGCCAUGGCGGCCGCGGAGCGGAGUCGAACUUUCCAGGACUGCUGUGUGGCCGCCUCCCAGCUGAUGCAGACGGAACGUCUGCAUCUUCCACACGAUCAGGCGGUGCAGGCAGGUUGCACAAUGCUCGGCGAAGCUGUGGUGUUUGGCGUCUCUGGCGUGGUGCUGAUCUACGAGUACCACAGAUCUAAGGAAGCAGAGAGGCAGCGGCAGGAGGAUGCACGCGAGGAGAUAAGGCGAGAGGCAGCUGCCAGCAGAGCCGAGCUGCGCGUGCGAAUGGAUUUGCUCGUAGAGGAGCUCGAGCGCCAUCGCGCGGAUGUGGCUUUGCUGCGGAUGGAGGUUGCCCGCACCAAAAAGAAUGCUGCACCUGUCACGGGUGGCAAUCAUCGGCCUGGGAAAUCCGGAGCUGCAUUAGCUAGCUGAGUGCAAACUGUGAUUGAAAUAUUUAUACUGUCCGCUAAGCAUUUUAC